AUGUCGAAGAGUCGCCACCAAGACUUGUUUGGAAAAAUUGGUGUCAUACAAGACGAUACUAUCCUUCAUAUUUGCAGUUAUCUGACGCCCAUGUCCAUUACCAAUUUGGCAUGCGUCAACAAGGCUACAAAUGAACUGGUUGAUGAUCACACUCAGACUUUAAGUCAUUCCAUAUGGCAAUUACUUUGGUUUAGAGAUUAUGGGGACGUCCUAUUGGGUUGGGAAACAUCACGCAAUGCAGUACUGAAGUCCCUAAGACGUGAUCAUGAUGAAGGAUCGAACAACAAUAAUUGUGCUGCUGUCAAUACUUCAGAACAACCAAGUCUGGCUACUCCAAAUCUUGCAAAUAUGGUUGUAAAUGCCUUGAGAGAGAAAAAUACAAAAGAAUUUUACUUUCGAUUUCAGCUGGCGUUUGUGGACUACAUCUUGGCAGGGCAAAAUUCAGAAAGCAGGUGCCUGAUGGGCAUUCAUGGUCACAUUUUCGACUUUACAGAUUUUGCACCCAACCAUCCUGGACUAUCGGAACCCAUCCAAUUGGAAUGCGGCAAAGAUGUUACCCAUUUCUUUGAGGAUGUUCGGCAUUCCAAGGGAGCCAGACGGAUUGCCCAGCGACUCUGCUUGAUUGUCGACAAAUCUCGUUUGAAUGACUACACCAGCAAUGACAAUGACCUUCCCUGUGGACUCUAUUGUCCGUCAAGAAACUCGAAAAAUCUUACCAAAUUUCUUCGCGAAACCAAUACAAGGCCCCCUUCACCCGAUGAAAGCCAUCCACCAUCACUUCGGAUUGAUAACCUCCUUCCGAUGAUGAUUCGACCAACAUUCGGUUCGCAAGGGAGAAUACGAACACUGCAAACGUAUCAGCGGCGUCAUCAAUAUGAACGUAGCCAAUUACCUUUGGCGAAACCAGUGUCGGAUAAAUAUGCGGUACGCCUGUACUAUGAUCCUUUCUUGGGGCGAUGGAGGGGGUGGCACUGGAAGGACGAGGGCCAAUACUCCCAAGUGGUCUUCACAAAAUUUUGA